AUGGCGGUGAAGUUGGUCCAGGACAUACCCUGUUGCAUCCUCAUGGUGCCUAUACUGGAUGACAAAUCUCCUGGUAGGGGAGCCCCCUCCCCAUCAGGCUGGACCCGCUCAGCGUCCAGCCGCCGCGGGGGCGGCUUCCGGCGCAGCGGGGGCGGCUUCCGCCACCGUGGAGGAGGCGGCGGUGGCGGCCGCAUUAGCGGCCGCGAUUCGGCCAUCGGGGGGCAGCCCGUGACCUUCCUGGUUGAUACUGGUGCCGAACAUUCAGUCCUAACUCAUGCCGGAGUGCCUCUUAGUCGGCAUUCUGCACUGGUGCAGGGGGCAACUGGAAACAAGAGAUAUUAUUGGACUAUCGAGAGAAAAGUUCAACUGGCUUCAGGGCAAGUAACUCACUCCUUUCUGCACAUACCUGAAUGCCCUCCGCUGUUAGGACGGGACCUACCAACCAAAUUAAAGGCGCAAAUCUAUUUUGAUGAGAAGGGACCGAGGGUCAGGGGUCCUAAAGGAGACCCUAUACAAAUCUUUGCCCUUAAUUUAGAGGAAGAAUACCGUUUGUUUGAGUCAGAACCCCCGGAGAAAUCACCUGAGGAGCUACAGAACUGGUUGAGAGAGUUUCCUCGCGCCUGGGCAGAGACUGGGGGCCUGGGGUUGGCACGCGAUCAGCCACCGCUGAUGAUCUCAUUAAAGGCCUCCUCGACUCCCGUUUCAAUCCGACAAUACCCAAUGUCAUGGGAAGCUCAUGAGGGAAUCCAACCCCAUAUCCGGAGGCUCCUGGACCAAGGGGUACUGAAGCCCUGUCAGUCCCCAUGGAACACCCCUCUUUUGCCUGUUAGGAAACCAGGGACAGGGGACUAUAGGCCAGUCCAGGAUUUGAGAGAGGUCAAUAAGCGAGUGGAGGACAUACACCCCACGGUGCCUAACCCUUACAACCUCCUGAGUACCCUCCCACCGACGCACGUCUGGUACACGGUAUUAGACCUGAAAGAUGCCUUCUUCUGCUUGAGACUGCACCCUAAAAGCCAACUACUGUUUGCUUUUGAAUGGAGAGAUCCAGAGCAGGGACUCUCGGGACAGCUGACCUGGACCCGGCUCCCUCAAGGCUUCAAAAAUAGCCCAACCCUCUUUGAUGAGGCCCUGCAUGCAGAUCUGGCCGGGUUCCGAGUCGAGCAUCCAACCCUGACCUUGCUCCAGUACGUAGAUGACUUACUCCUGGCAGCCAGGAGUCAGGUCGAGUGCCUAGAGGGCACUCGGGCUUUACUGGCCAGGCUUGGACAGAAGGGCUACAGAGCCUCGGCCAAAAAGGCACAAAUUUGCCGAGACAAGGUUACUUACCUGGGCUACACCCUGACUGGGGGGCAGAGAUGGUUGACGGAGGCAAGGAAAGAGACAAUACUCUCCAUUCCCCCUCCUCGUAGCCCCCGCCAAGUACGGGAAUUCCUGGGUACGGCUGGGUACUGCCGCUUAUGGAUCCCCGGGUUCGCCGAAUUGGCCGCCCCCCUAUAUCCCCUCACUAGACCAGGGGUAAUGUUCCAAUGGGGAGAGGAACAGCAGGAGGCAUUCCAACGGAUCAAACAGGCCUUACUUGAGGCCCCGGCUCUGGGUCUGCCAGAUAUUACCAAGCCGUUUGAACUGUUUGUAGAUGAGAACUCGGGUUAUGCUAAAGGGGUACUGGUGCAAAAACUGGGACCUUGGAAGAGACCUGUAGCAUACUUGUCUAAGAAGUUAGACCCCGUGGCCACAGGAUGGCCUCCCUGCCUCCGCAUGGUGGCAGCCAUUGCAGUUCUACUCAAGGAUGCCGGGAAACUGACCCUAGGCCAGCCCCUGACUGUACUGGCCUCCCAUGCCGUGGAGGCCUUGGUCCGACAACCGCCAGAUAGAUGGCUUUCCAACGCCAGGAUGACUUAUUACCAGGCCUUACUCCUAGACUCAGACCGGGUCACGUUCGGACCCAUAGUCUCCCUUAACCCUGCCACCUUGCUGCUGCUGCCUAGCCCAUCUAUAGAGCAUGAUUGCCUCCAGAUUUUGGCCGAGGCACAUGGCACCCGCCCUGACCUGACGGAUCGGCCGCUUAAGAACUCAGACAUCGUCUGGUACACAGAUGGGAGCAGCUUCCUGGAAGGAGGAGGACGCAGGGCUGGGGCAGCUGUCACCACUGAGUCCGAAGUGGUAUGGGCCUCGGCUCUCCCGCCUGGGACUUCGGCCCAGCGAGCGGAACUGAUCGCCCUCACCCAGGCCCUUCGGAUGGCAGAAGGUAAGAAGCUCACCAUGUAUACAGAUAGCAGAUACGCCUUUGCCACUGCACAUGUCCAUGGUGAAAUCUACCGGCGGAGAGGCCUGCUAACAUCCGCAGGUAAGGAGAUCAAGAACAAGAAAGAAAUCCUGGACCUCCUGAAGGCCCUGUUUCUUCCGCUCCAGCUUAGUAUUGUCCACUGCCCAGGGCACCAAAGAGACAACUCCAAAAUAGCCAAGGGAAACCGGCUGGCGGAUUUGACCGCCCGGACAGUGGCAUCCCAGCCAACAGGGAGUAGCCAGUUAAUGGCUAUACAGGACACCCCGGAGCCUCCUCCGCCCGGGAGAGAGCCCAUGCCAUACAGCCCCGAGGACCAUGAGCUAGCAAAGAAAAUGGGGGCGGACUGCGACCCGCAGAGGCAAGCCUAUAUAUUAGGGGAUCGGGUGGUCAUGCCAACCUCCCAUACCCGAUAUAUGCUGAGGUUCCUUCAUGAACUGACCCAUUUGAAAGACCCUGCUGGACAAAAAUACUGGGACUGUGCUAAACCAGGACCGGGUGCCUCAGCAGGGACAGCCCAACAUAAGCUUACAAUCUCAGGGGUGUCAGGACAAGGACUAUGUCUAGGGAGCGUCCCCCGCACCCACCAACACCUGUGUAGCCGCACCCUAUCUAUAAGUGCUGUCUCUGGUUAUGUCACCGGCCCUAAUGGUACCUAUAUGCUCAUCGAGUUAUAUCAUACACCAGAGGAGAUUUACCCACACUUUGAGAUGAGACCCUAUCGGUAUAAGAGAGAGCCGGCGUCUCUCACUCUGGCCCUAUUAUUGGGGGGGGGGCUGACUAUGGGAGGAAUAGCAGCCGGGGUAGGGACAGGCACCACCGCCCUAAUGGAAACCCAACAAUUCAGACAGCUCCAAGCGGCCAUGAAUCAGGACAUUCGGGACCUAGAGGAAUCAGUAAGCGCCUUAGAAAAAUCCCUGACCUCCCUCUCUGAAAUAGUGCUCCAGAACAGAAGGGGACUCGACGUCCUAUUCUUACAGGAGGGAGGGUUAUGUGCCGCCCUUAAAGAGGAAUGGGAUCAUACUGGGGUGGUAAGAGAUAGCAUGGCUAAAUUGAGAAAACGAUUAGAAUAGAGACAAAAAUUCUCUGAAGAGCAACAGGGAUGGUUUGAAGGAUGGUUCAGAAGGUCCCCCUGGCUCACCACCCUUGUUUCCACCCUUCUGGGACCCCUUCUGAUUCUAUUACUCCUCCUGACGUUCGGGCCCUGUAUCCUAAGUAGACUUGUCCAAUUUAUCAGGGAACGCGUCUCUAUUGUUCAGACUUUGGUAUUAACCCAGCAAUACCAAAGGCUCAACCAGAUGGAACUCGAGUCACGUCACCAAUCUUCCCCAUGAAUGGAGGAUUCCAUUCCUGAGAUAAGAAAAUGGGGGAAUGAAAGACCCCCAGCCUCCCCGC